GGAACCACGGGCCACGGCCGAGAGCCAAUCUCGGGGGCGGAGAUCCGCUCCGAUUCCCUGAGCCACAAACUGACAAAGAACAUCAUAAUCAAAGUUCACAGUCUCCCAGAUCGCACAGUAUUACAUACCGUACCUGACUGCUUUAGACUGGCUCUUGAUUAACUUCUGAUAUUUUACGAAACGAAAACAGAAAUCGGAGUAAAGUCAACUAAAAGUAAAACUGCUUUCAUUUCAUCACUCUUGAUCUACUGCCUGGCCUGAAACAAACUUAGUUGUUGAUGAUCGAUGAUAUGAUAAGAGCUUGAUGCGGAAGGUGAGGAGGCGUUAGGAAAGAGAAUGACAGAGGUGUAGAAUUGUCAUAUUUUUCAAUUUCUGAAAAACAUUAAGAGGGAUGGGGAAGAAAGAUGCAUCUCAAAGAGCACACCUGUCUGUUGAUCAGUACAGGAAGAGUAUUGGAAAACAGGAACAGAAGAGAACAAAGAAGGAUGUCAAAAGAAUGAAAAAUGAGGCACAGAUCAGGAAAGGAGGAUUUGGAUUUCAGGAGUCUCUUCUCGUGAUUUUGUCAUUACUAGCAGCAGUGAUGUUGAUUUACGCCCUCUUCUAUUUUCAAAUCACACCCAAGGAUUGACAUGAACAGUACAUUUUUAGCACAACUUCCAUAUUGACUUGAUAUUUUGUACUAUGAUCUCAAACUCAAGAUUGGUGAGUGGAUCUCACUUUCAAACUUGAUGUUGUGUGAAUAUGGAGGAUCGCUUUCCAGAGCAGUGAAGCUGGAAGAAUUUGCAAGAUGUGAUAGAUUUUCAUUCUUCAGUUUGGCACAACUUACUACCAUUCCAAUAAAUACCGGUAUGAUAAAGAGUCUUCAUAGUCUUGCAUAAACAACAAAAUGACCAGGGACGGAAAUUAUCAUUGAAAGCAGUAGUAUUGAAAUAGUACUUUGAAAAGAUUGUAGACUAGAAGAAUGUACAAUAGAAGAUCUAAACUGUGGUAAUAAUAAUAAUAAUAAUCCUUUUUUAUAUAGCGCUUAAUACAUCGGAACGACGUGUCUAAGCGCUUUACAGAUAUAUUAUUACCCCGGUCAUGGGAUUCAUUCAGUCAUUAUAUGGUAUAUGGUUUGGUGUUCCUGGGGAUUACAAUUAUAGUGAGUUCUAGAUUUAUCAUCCUUGAUGCAGAGUCUUCUGAUUUGGGGAAAUCAGCUUGAAUAAGGAGGAGAAUACUGCAUCAAGGGAAUUGAUUGCACAUCUUUGGCCAGUUUGUGAAAUUUAAAGCUAAUCAAUCAGGAACUCCCUGUAUCAAUGAAGUCUUGAGAACAGUAUGAAACAGCUACUAUCAUAAUUAAAAAAACAUCCAAGUUCAUGGUGGAUGAUUCUGCUUCUCGCCUUGUAAUGAGAAAGAAAUGAAAUUCCACCAUGGCACCAACAUCCUUUGUCAAGGGGUCAAUCUACACCUAAUUGCCACUCUUCACCCAGGUAUUAAACGGUUGCCUGGUUGGAUGCAAAAAGCAAUGCUGAUGGCCGAGCCAUUUGAAUGACUUGACUGCUCAUUGUUGGAACAAUGUGCAUACAACCUACGACGGGAAAUAAUAAAUCUGUAAGCUCUUUAUUCUUUAAUGACAUUCCAGUGUAAUAAUGUGAUGCGCAAAUAUAUGCCUCAAAUUUUAUCAAAUUUUGGUCAAGGCCUCCUUUUUUGGUCAAGGGGCACAAACUUGAAAGACCUCCAGUAUAAACUUAAGUCUAAAGUGAAAACUCAACAUAAAAUGCCUCGCACGGUUUUCAUACUGUAUAUGUUGAUAAAAGCAGAAUAUAAUUUUUUAUUAGGUGAGUUCAUGUCAUUACCAAUGACUUAUAAUGAUAUGGAUAAUUCAGUGCUCAUCUCUUUACUGAUUUCUAAUGUUUUGAUCUAUGAAGCAAUAAUAGAACUCAUCAUUGUAUACUGUUGUAAUAUUUGAUAUGAUCAGAAUCUUAUCAUGAUUACAAUCUUAAAGGGGAAGUUUACCCUGACCAAAAGUUUGUUGUAAAAAUAGCAGAAAAAAAUAAAGGUGAUGGUUUGAGGAAAAUCCUUUAAAUAUGAAGAAAGCAAUAAGAAUAUGACAUUUUUGAUGUGUGACGUCAAACAAGCAGCUGCCCCAUGUGUUAAGUAUUAAUGCAUAAAUUUCAUUUUUCAAUGGUUUGUGACGUCUUGUUUUUUAUUUUCUUUUUAGGAGUGUGUGUGAAAUGAUUUGUGUAAAGAUAUACUGAAGGUACCAUAAAAACCAUUUUCACUUUUCUGAGAAAAUGACAUUUCAUUGAUUUUUUUACCAUACGAUCAUAUUUAGGAAAGCUGCUCGUAUAUGACGUCACAAAUCAAAUAAUUGAAAUUCUAAUAACUUUUUUAUUCUUUGAUGGAUUUUCCUGUAACUUUUGGUAAUAUUUCAUAUUAUUUUUUCUGCUAUUUUUACAAUAAAGUUUUUGUCAGGGUGAACUUUAAGGUAUGAGUUAUAAAUACACCUUUUUGUUAUAUAUUUUGUAUGUACAGGUAUUAAUAAAUUAUUGUGCCUUAUGUUGAGACCAUGGAAUAUCCCUCCCUCUGUGUUUUGGAUUUCAAUUAAAUUCUCUGAUUUGCUGAUUUGUUUGAUUUAGAAAUUGAUUUCU